AUGCUUCACCCUCGACUUGCCCUUCGGGGCAUUUCGCUUCCUUUCAGGUGUUUACCUGCCCUCCCAGCAAUUCCCGCUCGCCGCUUCGCAACUGUAAUCAAUGAGCUCGAAAUCCCGUCCGAGAAGUCCUCUAAUGCUGGUAUCGAUUCUUCCGUCUCUUUUGACCCGCCUCCGGCUCGCGGCGACAUCGGCGUAAAUGUUCGCAAAUACACUCCGCGCACCCCCGGUGUCCGACACUUGCGACGACCUGUUAACGAUCACCUCUGGAAAGGCCGCCCAGUCCACAAAUUGACAUUCCCCAAGCGCGGCCAUGGUAAGGGUGGCCGUAAUAACACCGGUCGAGUCACCGUUCGUCACAUGGGAGGUGGUCACAAGACUCGUAUCCGCACUGUGGAUUUCUUGCGGAUGGACCCCGGCCCUCAUUUCGUUGAGCGCAUCGAGUAUGAUCCCGGCCGAAGUGCACACAUUGCCUUACUCCGCAGCAACGAGACGAAGAAGUUGAGCUAUGUCCUGGCAGCAGAUGGCAUGCGAGCUGGAGAGACAGUGCAGAGUUACAUGUCCGGCAUUCCCGAAGAUUUGUGGAAGAGUAUGGGCGGCACAGUUGAUCCCGGUGUGUUGGCAGCCAGGACUGCCUGGAGAGGAAAUUGCCUGCCUCUGCACAUGAUCCCCGUGGGUACCCUCAUUUUCAACGUGGGAUUGCGGCCUGGCAAAGGCGGCCAGCUUUGCCGCAGUGCAGGAACCUUUGCCACUGUCGUUGCCAAGGGUAGUGACUCGCGCCAGCAAGAUAUUGAAUCGGACGAACCGGAGGAGGAGAAGAAGCCUUUGACCCAGCGUGAAAAGCAAAAGCAGGAGCGUUUGGCUCAGCAUAUCACUAUCCGCCUGGCCAGUGGAGAGUCUCGCCUCAUCCACAAGGAUUGCUGUGCCACUAUUGGCAUCGCUAGCAACCCCAACUACCACUACACGCAGCUUGGUAAGGCCGGUCGAUCUCGCUGGCUUAACAUUCGCCCGACCGUUCGUGGUCUGGCCAUGAACGCCAUGGACCACCCUCACGGUGGUGGUCGUGGUAAAUCAAAGGGUAACGUUGACCCCAAGAGCCCUUGGGGUAUUCCGACCAAGUCCGGCUAUAAGACUCGCCCGAAGUGGAAGAUCAACAAGGCUGUCGUCCACCCUAGACCACGCAACCAGGGCCAGCGUCGCCGCAAGAACAACUAG